GCGCCUAUAAACCAACGUAAUGACAUAAAGCGAACCCAGGAACUAACAAAGUCAAAGCCAAAACAGGACCCCGCGGAGCGAUUCGAGAUGGUUUUAGAAACUAUUUCAAGAAUAAUAAAAGUCCAGCUUCCAGCUUAUCUGAAAAAGCUUCCACUACCGGAAAGCAUCGGUGGAUUCACCAAGCUAACAGUGUCAGAGUGGCUCCGGUUGCUGCCGCUCCUGGGCAUCUUGGCCUUGCUGGGCUAUCUGACCAUUCGCCCUUUUCUGCCCAAGAAGAAGAAGCAGAAAGACAGUCUGAUCAAUCUGAAGAUCCAGAAAGAGAACCCUAAAGUGGUCAACGAAAUUGAUAUUGAGGACCUGAACUGUCAAAAUGUGUGUUACUGUCGCUGCUGGCGCUCCAAAACUUUUCCUGUUUGUGACAAGUCACACUUAAAGCACAAUGAACUCACUGGAGACAACGUGGGACCGCUCAUACUCAAAAAGAAGAUUCUAUAGCUUUCUUUUUAACAGAUUCUGCCACUUGUUUGUUUUUCUGGUUUUGUCUCUGUGCCACAUUUGCUCUUAUUGGAUAACACAAUCUGCAGCCUGACUCUAAAUUUUUAAUUUAAUGAAAUUAAAGAAGUCACUUUCUGCAAGGGCCUUUUUUUUACCAGCUUGGCCUUUAGAAAAUGGUUAAAGCCCCUCAUAAUCAUGUGCAUUCUUUGUGGAAGAAAGAACAGUAAGAUCGCCAUGAAGCCUGAAAGACCUACAGUAACUCCGUGAUGAAGUCUGAUAGUCAGAUGGAAACCUUUUCCCUUAAAAUGUCAUUACUUAGUCUGUAGGCCAACAUGUCUACUUGUUGCACUGUAAAGGUUUCUUUCUUGCCUUUUGGUUGGCCAUAUUUUAAUCUUUUUCUUUAUGGUGUGAAAGUUAACAUUAUAUAUAAAAUAAGUUAUAGUAUGUAUGAUAGCCAACUUAGUCAUUCCUUAAAGUUUCUUUUUUUGUAUUUAACCUAAUUUCCUUUAUACACCACUAAGUGAUACUAUCAUAUUGCUAAAUUUAACAUGAGUUAACUGCAAAGGAUUAUGGUCUUUUUGCUGACAGUAUGUGUUAUCUAAAUCAUUGCUAUAACUUUUAACUAAAGUACUUACAGUAUAAUUGUGAAAAAUGUCAAUUCUUGUCAAAAUAAAUGCUCAUAGUUAACUAAAAUAGUUCUGUCAGAUUAAAACUGCUUGUUUUCUUCAAGUAUGAAAAAAUGUUGAAGUUUAAUGCAAAUAAAAAUGUACAAAAGUCA